ACCAACCCAUUUUUGCAAUUUCAAUUCAAAUCAUAUCUUGCCUUUUUUCCGCUUUCUCCUCGCUUGACCACUUAAUAGUGGUUGUUUUAUUUCGUAGCGCGUCUAUGAUCUUUAUUGCGUUACAUUAUUCCACUUCCUCUACUCAUACUUCAAAUUCUACAUAUAUAAGUUCGGCGGGCCGUUGUCUAUAUAUUUAUUGACGCUUAUACAAUCUUUCUUAUUAUCGUUUAUUUUCAUAUUUAUUACAGUCAUUAAGUCUUUCUAUGUACAAUUAUUUAUUUAUAGAACUGUAUAGAAAAAAUAUUUAUUUCAUUGACUUCUGUAAAAUUGUAUUAUAGUUUCAUUCUGUAAACUUACAACAUAAACGCAAUAAUGGGUGCCGGCUGUUGUAAAGAAGAGGAAAUUGACUUCGAUGCUGAAGUUGAAUUAUCUCAUUUUCAUUUACUAAGAUCUGUAGGAAAAGGUGCUUUUGGCAAGGUUCGUGUUGUUCAACACAAACAAACAAAAACUUUAUAUGCACUUAAAUACAUUAACAAAGCAAAAUGCAUAAAAAUGCGUGCUGUUGAAAAUAUCAUACAAGAAAGACGCUUACUGGAGGAGAUUGAAUAUAAUUUAGUGUGUAAUUUAAGAUACGCAUUCCAAGAUGACGAAAAUUUAUUUAUGGUUCUUGAUUUGAUGUUGGGUGGUGAUUUGAGAUUUCAUCUUGAAAGACAGGGUAGUUUGAAGGAAGAAGUAGUAAAAUUUUAUGUUGCUGAAGUCAGUUUGGGUUUACAUUAUUUACAUUCAAAGAAAAUUGUGCAUAGGGAUUUAAAACCUGAUAAUGUUCUUUUGGAUGAAAAAGGUCAUGCCCAUUUGACUGAUUUUAAUAUUGCAGUGCAUUUCAACGAAAGAAAACCCCUUACAUCUGUAGCUGGUUCAAUGGCCUAUAUGGCUCCAGAGAUAUUGAUGAAAAAAGGAUAUUUUGACUCAGUGGACUGGUGGUCGUUAGGAGUUGUAAUGUAUGAAUUACUUUUUAGCAAGCGACCAUUUCGUGGAAAAACUAAUCCUCAAUUAACACAAGCAAUAUUAAAAGAUCCUCUCAUAUUUCCAGAUAAUGUCUCAGUUUCUGAAGAAUGUCUAGAUUGUAUAAGAAGAUUUUGUGAACGAGAUAUAACGAAACGUUUAGGAUGUGGACCUAAUGGAAUAGAAGAUAUUAAACGACAUCCUUGGUUUGUAGGUAUUGAAUGGGAUAAACUUAAUACAAAAUUAGCCGACCCUCCGUUCGUUCCUGAUUCUAAGAGAGCAAAUUUUGAUGCUACACACGAAUUAGAGGAACUUCUACUAGAAGAUAAUCCUCUUAAAGCCAAAAAACGAGCUAAUCCUAAUCAAGAUCUUAGUGAACUAUCCAGAGAAAUGCGAAUGAUGGAAGAAAAAUUCCUUGUAUACGACUUUACCAAGAUGCGUAGGAGAAGUUAUUAUCAUAAUAAUAAUAAUGUUACACACGGGCGUCAGGGGUCAGAUUUAAGUGCUAUUGGUUAUAUUGAUGAGCACAAGGAAAAAAACAGAGAAUGGUUAAAUGAAAGACCAUCUUCACCCCCACACCGUGAAAACAGACGAAUGUCUGGAUUUGGAUUUGGAACAAUGCCAUCUAAUGAAAGAAUAAGUCCAAUAGGUGCACCGCACGAGUCGGAUUAUUAUUCAAUGAAAUCUAAUCCGGCGGGUAGAAUCUCGCCUUCAUCAUCUAUAACAAUAGAUAACCAUAGGAUAGAUAACCAUAAACGAAGUCAAUCAGCAUAUUCUACACAAGUAAAUACGUCAUCAUUAUCACCACCACCACGAGUUCAAUCCCCUGUACAAAAAAUAUACAGUUCUACAUCUCCAUCUUCAUCACGGCCCAGUUCUCCGAAUCCACAACCUUCGCAUUCUGGUCGAUCCUCUUCGCCACGGUUAAUAGCACAAAACCUAUCUAAUACAAAUUCUUUAAAUAAUUCACCUACGGAACCUCUUCCAAGUCAAGGUCUUACGUCUCCACCUCAACUUCCACCCCCUAAUGUUCCACUUCCCCUGCCACCAAAUACAUUUUCAGCAUCUUCAUCCUCAACAUUAGUGAAUUCUAAUUUAAGCAUAAGUGCCUAUAAUCAAUCGGCAUCAUCCUCAAGGGUUCGUUCGUUGUCCCCUCCUUCAACUAAUAAAAGACCUACAAUAUUGACGGAACCAUUACCAACCAGUAAUAAACUUAUAAGGGGAAAUUCCAGCGAGACUGUUUCAACAAAUGGAACUUCUGUAAGCGGUAGUAUUUCAUCAGAAAAUCCUAAUGGUAGUGUUGGUAGUGGUUUAAGUGCUAGUGGACAUUAUCGAAACCCCAGUAAUGUUAGCACUGGUUCCGGCGCACUAAGUGCCGUAGGUGUACCAGUAGGUUUAUGAUCUUCCAUAUAUACCAUAUAUAUAAGCCUUCGUAUUAAGUAUAUUAACGCAGAAGGCAAACUUGUAUAAAAAAGACUAUUUUAAAAACCUUAGAUGGGUAUAAAAAAGUUCUUUAUUUUGUUAUUCUUUUUAUUAUUAUUUAAAUUCUAAUAUACGUAUAUAUUUUAUUUUUGUUUUGUUAUGUAUGAAAAAAAAAACUUAUUGUAACAAAAUUAUAUUUUAAUAUUAAAUUUAAUAAGUAUUUUAUAAUAAACUGUU